CUUGGAGAGUGAAUCAGGAGGAGAGGCUCUUCAAUCUGCGAUCAGAGAUCAACACGUUCAGCAGCGCGUUACCGACCAGCCGGACUCAAUCACUGACCACUUCGCCUCUCAUCUCUUUCAACAGCCCUUAAACUGACCGGGACGUAAAUGAACACCUUUUCCUUUCCGCUUCUCCUUUUUUUAAGGAAUACAAGACGAUAAUCAGAUAUGGAGUCUGGUAGACCCCUGGCUUCAUCACCUGAACCGUUCUUCCUUCAUAUGGCCUCAUCUAAAGCCAGCUCAUCCCCUGCUCCACCCCAGAAACUCCACACCAAGUCCAGAGCGACCCCUAGUCCUAUAGUCAGCUCUCCCGUCACCAUUUCUGGUCAUUCGCUGCGAAUAAUGGAGGAUGACUGUGUAAAUAUGUCUGUCAGCCCCAAUGGUUUGAAUUUAGCCAACUCUCCUGUCGCGCUCAACGCAUCAAGUUCAAGCUGCUCUGAGUUUGGAGGCCUAGGAUGUCUCGGUUUGUCUGCCUUGGCUGCUCCAUCACAGCUUGGUACUUUUCCAGAUUGGUGGCGGACAUCUGAGACACAAACCAGAGCAGCUGCAGCCUUCUUCCCCCCUCUUUUAGGUCUGCAUCCCUUUGUUUUAUCAACCUUCAAGAGCCACGAUCCUGUUGAUUUCCAGUCACAGCCUUCAGUUUCUUUAGGUGUUAAUGGAACAGUGAAUGGCAGGAGUGCUUCCUCUCCUGCUGGGAACGCUCCUGCUAUGAACAGUAGUUCAUUACUAGCAAAGGGAAAGAAGGAGACACCUCAAGCCAACAGUCAUGAGCCGGGCCAGCUCCAUCAGAAAGCCAUUGAGAAAGCAAACCAAAAGAAACCCAACAAAAGACCACUAGAGACAUCGAGCAUGAGUGGCAGCCAAUCAGAGUCUCAGUCAGAAAGCUCCAGCGAUGUUGAGGAAAGCAGCAGCGACCCUGACGAUAUGGAAGAGGAAGAUGAUGAUGAUCAGAGCAGCGACAGUGAAGAGUCCGGUUAUGAAAAACAGAGUCCAGCUAAGCAGAAAGUCAAACGGCUGACACACAACACUCCCGAGAGUAAAAAGAAGAGACCUUGCACAGUUGAUGGCAGCUCAACUCAAGACGGACAUUGUAACAGUGUUCGUUUGACUUCCUUUUAUCACCCCCAGUCUUAUUCCAGUCCUGCUGGCCUGCUUCAGUCUGCAGCACUGUUUCUCCAGAGGCCCAGGACUUCACAAGAGGAAUGCCAGCAGCACACCAGUGUCAUACAGGCCACAGGACUGGCAGUUAGCAACAGUCCCUUACCACAAUCCCAGAGAGAGGCUUGUCCUCUGCAUUUUAGAUCUUCUCCCAGCCCCAUCUCCUUCUCCAACUCAUCAAAACAUUUGGCCACUUUAACAUCAGCAAAGCGCUUCCAUCCUUCAUCCUCACCAAAGCAUGCUUCUGUCUCCUCUUCUCCUAAACCUCUUGCCCUCUGCUCCACUAAAAAGUCCCUCUCUCAGUGUUCCCCACUGAAACCUCUUUGUUCACGCAAACCUCCUUUCCCGUCAUCUUUACCCAAACCACAAACACUGCUGGCCUCAAAAGGAGAGUCCCAUAUGCCAAAAUUUUUGAUGCCCUCUAACAAACACAGACAUCCCAUCAAUAACACGAAGGACAGCAGUGGAAACUUCCCAGAUCAAAGCCUGUUACUCUUACACACAUCUAAAUUGAAACAGCCCCUCAAUUCCACGGAUUCUGUGAAGCAAGUUUUCUCUCAGCGACCAAAGAGCCAAAGCUGUGAGCUGUUUUCUCUCCACAUCAGCAGUAGCAACAUGUUCCUGAACCUUUAUCCUAACGGAGCGAUCAACGGUGCAGUUCAGGAUGCCCCUCUGGCCCUCAUCACUAAGCCCCGCAUCCAGAGCAGCACCCCCAACAGCAAGCCUCUCUUAGCAGCCACCAGUCCUCCCUGCUCCAUGCCUAUCAACUUGAGCACUGGCACCAAGGAAAUGUUGGACAGCUCCGCCUCCCCACUUAAGACUUCUGCUUCAUCGGAACCCAGAUCAAGGAAAACUACCAAGAUGGUGCAUUCGGGAAAGAGCCUCACCAGAACCAACACAUCCUGUCUGCCUGUAGAUUUGGUCAGAGACAGUGAGCCUGAUAUCCACAGCAGCAAAAACUCGGACGACUCUUUAGGAGACGAUUACGAUGAUGAUGAGGAUGAAGAUUCUGGGAGCAGUUUUUCAGAGUCAGAGAGCAUCCUGGGGAGCGACUCUGAUGCCUUUGAGGAUGAUGUCAAGGAGUCCGUUGAGACAGAAGCAGAUAGCGAUGCAGAAAGAAGUCCUCUGAAAGUAGCUCAAACCUCAUUGUCUACUCAAAAGUCCUCCUCGAGCCUCUCAGCCACCCCCUCCCUGCUCAACAUCCAGAUUACCAAACCUCCAAGUCUACAUAGUAGUUUUUUCAGCCCCACCACCAGCACCGGAGCAAUGGGCAAACAAAGUGCACCAUCACCACCCUUCACAUUUGCUUCGCAGCCAGGAUCAGGGAGGAGGAGGAGGGUUACGGAUGAGAGAGUUCUGCGAUUGCCUCUUGAGUUUGGGUGGCAGAGAGAGACACGCAUCAGGACCGUAGCGGGGCGUCUGCAAGGCGAGGUGGCUUACUUUGCACCGUGUGGGAAAAAGCUCCGACAGUAUCCUGAUGUAGUGAAGUACUUAAUCAGGAAUGGAAUAACUGAAAUCUCACGAGACAACUUCAGCUUUAGUACAAAAAUUAAAGUUGGGGAUUUCUAUGAAGCCAGAGAAGGGCCCGAGGGUUUACAGUGGUUCCUACUGGCUGAGAAUGAGAUUGCUCCCAGCAUCAUAGCGAUGGAUGGGAGGCGCAGCCGGCGCACAAAGUCUGAGCACCAGCCGACAGGUGAUAGCACUGGGGCUAUACAGUGGAAACCUUAUCCUCUAAAUGGUGGUGAAAAUAACUUCCAAGAUGUCUCUGAUGCCAAGUUACUUCGUAAGCUGGAAGCUCAAGAAAUAGCACGACAGGCAGCUCAGAUCAAAAUGAUGAGAAAACUAGAGAAACAGGCUAUAGCGCAAGCCGCAAAGGAGGCAAAGAAACAACAAGCAAUAAUGGCUGCUGAGGAGAGGAGGAAAAAGAGGGAACAGCUGAAGAUUCUUAAACAGCAAGAGAAGAUCAAGCGCAUUCAGCAAAUUCGUAUGGAGAAAGAACUCCGUGCACAGCAAAUUCUUGAGGAAAAAAGAAAAAAAAGGGAAGCAGCAGCGAGUGCCAGGAUACUGGAAGCUGAGAAACGUAACAAGUUUAAAAAGCACUGCAUUCCACACGCAUGUAUAAAUGAACACAUGAUUACAUGUGUGUUAUGUUUCCUUUCCACUCGAACUAAUUUUGUAAAGGAGAGGGAGAUGCGAAGACUACAAGCCGUCAUACUGAAGCACCAGGAGUUGGAGAGACAUAGACUAGAUAUGGAGAGGGAAAGACGCAGGCAGCACAUGAUACUCAUGAAAGCUGUCGAGGCCCGCAAGAAGGCGGAGGAGAAGGAACGUCUGAAAAAAGAAAAGAAAGAUGAGAAACAGUUGAACAAGGAGAGGAAACUGGAGCUCAGAAGACUAGAACUGGAAAAAGCAAAGGAGCUGAAGAAGCCAAAUGAGGACAUGUGUUUAGCGGAUCAUAAGCCUCUUCCAGAGUUGUCCCGUAUCCCUGGUCUGGUAUUAGCAGGAAGCACCUUCUCUAACUGCCUGAUGGUUUUGCAGUUUCUGCACAGCUUUGGAAAGGUGCUGGGACUGGAUUUAAAUUCAGACCCGCUCACUAUAGGUGACCUUCAAGAAGGGUUACUGAACAUUGGGGAAAAUAUGGAAAAGGUCCAGGACCUGUUGGUGACCAUGCUCCUUGCAGCUGUGUGUGAUCCUGGGGUACCUGCAGGUCACAAGAGCAAAACCAUCUUGGGGGACCACUUGACUAAUGUGGAGAUCAACCGGGACAAUGUGUCUGAGAUUCUGCAGAUCUACAUGGAGGGUCACUCUGAACAGAAAGAGGUGGCCAUGCUGGCUUUUAGCCUCAGGACUAAGCCUUUCCAAGCCCACAGUCCAUCACAGAAGGCCUCUGUUUUAGCAUUCCUGGUAAAUGAGCUUUGCUGCAGUAAGGCUGUGAUCAGCGAGAUCGACAAAAACAUAGAUUAUAUGACCAACCUGAGGAAGGAUAAGUGGGUUGUUGAGGGAAAGCUUCGGAAACUGAGGAGUAUCCACACCAAGAAGACGGGGAAGAAAGACAACAGUUGGGCAGGAGAGAACAACCAUGCCUUUGUGCUCGCCAGUGUUCAAAACAAAUCCAAGAGGAAAGAAGGGGAUAGUGAAGAAGAGGAAGAUGAGGACGAUGACAGUGAAGACCAAAGAGAUGACGAGGAGGAGGAGGAAGAAGAAGCAGGUGGAAAAAGAGGAAAGAAAACAGACAUAUGUGAAGAGGAGGAUGACAGUGUACGCUCUGCCAGCAUCGAGGAACUUGAGAAACAGAUUGAGAAAACAUACAAGCAACAGAGUCAAAUUAGACAGAAACUGUUUGACUCCUCCCACUUACUGCGCUCUGUGAUGAUUGGCCAGGACAGAUACAAGCGGCGCUACUGGGUCCUUCCACAGUGCAGUGGCAUUUUUGUUGAAGGCACUGAGAGCAGUGAAGGUUGUGAAGUGGAGGAGGAGGAGAGAAGAAGACAGUGGGCUACUGAGGUGAUCAGAGUAAAAGGGGAGCAGUUGGAACAGACAAAGCCGGUGGUCUCCAGCUCCACACAGAGCACAGACAAUGAUACAACCAUGCCAGAGAGCCAGCACGACAAAGACAACCUCUUCCUCCAAAAACCUGGCUCUUUAUCUAAGCUCAGCAAACUUCUAGAAGUAGGCAAAAUGGGUCAAGAUUCAGACAUCAAUACACAGAACAGUCAUUCUUUUAAAGUUCCCACCACUGCUUCUUAUCCUUCGUAUCCUGCCUCACAGAUAGUCCCUACUCAGCAGGGUCUGAUGGAUAAAUUGGACACUGCGGUGCCAUUUCUGCUCAGUGCUACUCAGCUAAAAAGCAUUCACUGGGUGACCCAGAGUCCUCAGUCCAGCCUUCAUUAUGACCAGCUGUCCAAGACACUGACUGAAAAAAGCAGCCAGUGGUUUAGCCUAUUUCCUCGCUCUCCCUGCGACGAGUCUUCAGUGACCUCUGGUUCCAGUCCACCAGUUUCGUCCUCUUCUCCACAACCCAUCAGAACCAAAUCCCCCUCUUUCCUCUCCACUAAUCCCUCAGCUACAGAUAGCUACAACACUACUCCUGGGAUCAGUAACACAGAAUUGCCUAUCUUUCAGCAAGUAAAGCCUGGCAUUCAUGAAGGCAGACUGACACAGCAUGACAUGUCUAGCUCAGUGGCAAGUCCCAGCCUGCCCUUCUCUGGCACACCUCUACCCCCUAUGGUGGAUCUAGCUUCACAGCAUGCAGAGGGUCAUGGAAACGAGGCCUCUUUUCUGGAAAAUAACUCUAUCAACAAGUGCGAGACCUCAGAGUCCCCAAGUGACAAGUCCACUUGUGCCUCAUAUGCUGCCAUAGAGGGGGCCAAAACCCAAGACUACCCUUAUCCUCGGCCCAUCCCGGAGGAAAUGCUGCAUGGCUGGUGGAGUGUGUCUGACAUGGAGAACCUGCACAGUCUGGUCAAGACCCUCCAUUGCCGGGGCAUCAGAGAGAAGGCCUUGCAGAAACAGAUCCAAAAACAUAUGGAGCAUAUGACCAAGCUCUGUGAGAACAGCAAAGAUGCUAUUGGUGUGACAGGGAUGGAAAAGCAGGAGGUAAGCAAGGAGGCAGUGGAGAGCUGGUGUGUUGAGGAGAAGGCCAUGGAGGUGGACAUUCGCCUGCUGCGACAGGUUGAAGCUCUGGAGAGGAAAGUCAUCUCCGCCAGCCUGCAGGUCAAGGGUUGGAUGCACCCUGAGCCCCAGUCUGACAGUAAGGAUCUGGUCUAUCAUGAGCACAAGCCCUUCUCUUCCCUGGCUCAGGAAAACAAAAGAGAGCGAGACGCCAGUCAAGAAGAUGUUCCUGGCUCUAUGGUGCGGCGGCCCAACAAUCCCCUUGACAUAGCGGUCACCAGGCUGGCAGAACUUGAGAGGAACAUUGAGCGAAGUGAGGAGGAGGUGGCUCCUGGGAUGAGACUGUGGCGCAAAUCCCUCGGUCAAGUCCGCAGCUCAGCUCAGCUGUCACUCUGCAUUCAGCAGCUGCAGAAAUCCAUUGCCUGGGAACGAGCCAUCAUGAAAGUGCACUGCCAGUUCUGUCAAAAAGGAGAUAAUGAAGAGCUGCUCUUACUCUGUGAUGGCUGUGAUAGAGGCUGCCACACUUACUGCCAUAAACCCAAGAUCAAUACAGUGCCUGAUGGGGACUGGUUUUGUCCAGCUUGUGAGUCAAAGGAGAGCGGUCAAUACCCUUAUAGUAGGAAGCAGCAGAGCCGAACAGCUGGAGGAGGGAAGGAAUGCGUCGAGGGAAAACGAAGCAUUAAGCCAUCUGUGGAUGGAGAGCUCAUCAGUGAGGAGGAUGCCAGAAGCAACAAUGUGCCAAAGAAAGGUACCAAGGAGGUCAAAAAGAGGAAAGCAGACAACAGCCCACCCAGCUCCCAGGCCAAGUUUGACAGCCCCAUCUACUGUGCAAAAAAAACCAAAACGCACAAAGAUGAGCUGGGAAUAUGCCGAGUGCUGCUGGCUGAGCUGGAGGCCCAUCAGGAUGCCUGGCCUUUUCUCACCCCAGUCAACCACAGAGCUGUUCCUGGAUACAGAAAAGUCAUCAAGAAACCGAUGGACUUCUCCACCAUCAAGGAGAAGCUAACCAGUAACCAGUAUUUAAACUUGGAGACAUUCAUCAUUGACGUGAACCUGGUUUUCGAUAACUGUGAGAGAUUUAACGAAGAUGACUCUGAAAUCGGACGAGCCGGCCACAGGAUGAGGAGAUUCUUCGACAAGCGAUGGACUGAACUUUUGCAGUGAACACAUUCCAAAGUGGACAUGUCCAACUUUGUCAUGGGUGUUGGAGGCCUUCUCUUCACCUCUGACUCCAAGUGACUACACGGUUAUAAUAAAUCAAUGUGCAGUUUGAAGGACAGGACUGUGGUCUGUCUGCAAGUGUAGGCAAAACAUUUAAUGGAUUUGUAUCUUCAAGUGCAAUACUGUUUUGUUUAUUGAAACACACUGACUGUUCGGCUCAAUGUUGUUUGUGCGAAAUACAAUAUUGAGCAGGGACUUUACUUUUUUAUCAUCGGUACUAAGUUAUAUCUCUUUGUGUGCUGUAUGUGUAUUUAUUUUCUCAACUACUUUACAUUGCAUUCUUUUCAAAGCAGAGGCACGGGACUUACAAUGUAACAACUGUUGAAUAAAUAAGAAAAGCAUUACUAACCACA